AUGCAACAGCAGCAGCAGCAGCAGCAGCAGCAGCAGCAGGAGGGGAGAGGCAGCAGGGGAGAGGCAGCAGGGGAGAGGCAGCAGGGAGAACGGCAGAAGCAGCAGCAGAAACAGCAGCAGCAGCAGCAGCAGGAACGGAAACAGAAAGAGAAAUACAUGCAGCAGCAGAUGCAGCAACAACAACAGCAGCAACAACAGCAGCAGCAGCAGCAGCAGCAGCAACAACAAAUGCAGCAGCAGCAACUAUAG